UUCCACCACCGUUCUCUAGUUUUGUAAUCACUGCAUCGUUGAAUGCACGUACGCAAGGCUGUUGAUUUUGUGCCUGUGCUUAAAGUUAUACUUUAUUAAAAGGAUAAGUCAUCAGUUUUUCGCGGGAAAACUUUUGUGUUAUAUACGGAAAUGGAGUUUCUUAAAUAUUUUAUAUCGAUGUUCAUGGUGGUGCUGUGCAUCUUGAUCACUGCUGAGUCUACAAUUCCACAGCCAAGAGCACCUAACUUCCAGUACUUCGAGAGGCCAAAAUACCGAUAUCCAUACUACGACGAGAACGGCAAAGGCAAAUUGCUUUACGGCUACGGUGGAUCAGAAUUGUUCCAGUAUAAAUCAUACUCUCCCCUCGAGGGUAUUUAUUAGACGUUGUUUUGACUACCUAGUGACAAAUAUUAUAUGGUAAUUAUUAGGUAAAAUACAGGCUGAUAAUUAUCUUUUUAACAGUUGAUGACGUAAAUUUACUUUUGUUUACAUCUUUGUUCGUGUUGUCUGUAGAAAUUGUAUGUUAGCCAGUCCAUCUUGACUCUCCUGAUCAUGUAUCUUU